CUGGAAUGUCCUCUGGGGUGAUAUUUAGAGGGGUGACCAAGGAGCUGCCACUCAGGGCCGAUGGCUCCAAGGAGAAGGGUGUGAGGCAGGAGCCAGGACACGGUGCUGAGGUCCCCAAGCCCCUCCUCCAGGAUGGUGGCUCUGAAAUCCCAGGAAAUGGCCCCAACAGCAGCCAUCAAAUUCUUCAGUGCCGGGACAGCCGCCUGCAUCGCCGACCUCUGCACCUUCCCCUUGGACACCGCCAAAGUCCGCCUGCAGCUCCAGGGCGAGGUGCGGAUCCCUCGGGUCAGCGGGGCCGUGGAGUACCGGGGGGUUUUGGGGACUUUGAGCACCAUGGUGAGGACCGAGGGAGCCCGGAGCCUUUACAGCGGGUUGGCCGCGGGGCUGCAGCGCCAGAUGAGCUUCGCUUCCAUCCGGAUCGGGCUCUACGACUCCGUGAAGCAGCUCUACACCCCCAAAGGGGCUGAGAGCACGGGGCUGGCACCACGGGUACUUGCGGGCUGCACCACGGGGGCCGUGGCCGUGGCGUGUGCCCAGCCCACGGACGUGGUGAAGGUGAGAUUCCAGGCACAUGGAGCCAUGCCCGAGAGCACCCGGAGGUACAACGGGACCCUGGAUGCCUACAGAACCAUCGCCAGGGAGGAGGGAGUCCGGGGGCUCUGGAGAGGGACUUUGCCCAACAUCGCCCGCAACGCCGUCAUCAACUGCGGGGAGCUCGUCACCUACGACCUCAUUAAGGACGCUCUGCUGCGGGAGCACCUGAUGACAGACAAUGUCCCCUGUCACUUCGUGGCCGCUUUCGGGGCCGGGUUCUGCGCCACGGUGGUGGCGUCGCCGGUGGAUGUGGUGAAGACCCGGUACAUGAAUGCUGGGCCUGGGCAGUACAGGAAUGCCCUGAGCUGCCUCCUGGCUCUCCUCAUGCAGGAUGGGAUCACCGGGUUCUACAAGGGGUUUGUCCCCUCUUUCCUUCGCCUUGGCUCCUGGAAUGUGGUGAUGUUCAUCUGCUACGAGCAGCUGCAGCGCGCCGCUGUCCUGGCCCUAUCCUGACCCCUCCAGCACCACCUCCCCCUCCCUCCCAGACCCCUCUCGUCAGCUCUGAUGAGACUCAGGACUCAAUUAUAUUAAUUGCUGAAGCUGUGGCAGGAGCAGUGACCCCCAAUGUCCCCAGCCCAAGGGGAACCCCCCUUCUCCUCCC